AUGGAUGCAAAAUCCAUUUCAGCCAUGGAGGCCAUCAGGGAUGACCCUGUGUUGGCUGUCAACUUGAAAGCUGGCAAGAUGUUGAACAUGCUGGACAGCUUGGGCUACAUCAGGAUUCAAAACCUGAAGCCCAGCCAGCUGCUGGUGCAUCCUGAGAAUAGGUCGGGUGCCAUGGUCAACCCUUUCAAUGUUCACCAAAAAGGCUGGCAAGCACUCAAAGUUGGCUGGUCAGCCAAAAAGCUUGAGGAAAGCUAUGCCCUUGAGGUCAGCCACAAUUGGUCGGUGAAACACAAGCAGUUGCAGGCCAUGCAGACACUGGUCGAAGCUAGCCAGGGUAUGCUGGCACCAGUUGCAGGAACUGAGCAGUACAUGUCCCUCAGUGCCAGUCACAUGAGCCAGUUCUGCAAGGCUGUUGGUGCUGGCUGCCUCACCCAGGAUGAAAACCUGGCAAGCAUCAACAAAGUGUUGUCGCUGGACACUCUCCAGCAAACAUUUCCUGAUGCUGGUUUCAAAGAGGCUGUUACCCAAGGCUGGCGCUGGCACUGCAUCGCCUUCACAGUGGAGGAAAGUAUGCCAUGGUUUGCCAGUUUCCUUCAGGGAGCCCUGAAUGCAAGCAAUCACAUUGCUGCCAAAGCAACAGAGAUGGAGCUGGCCAUGAGCAUUGCUGGCACUUACAAGAGGACCAAGAGCUUGGAGACAGCUAUUCAGACCUGCCGAAGCAUGAGCAACCUGAAGUACCUUAAGGUUGUUGGGGACUUCGUGAAGAACUAUGCUGGUGGAGAAGAUUUUCCAUUAGUGCAGUUCCUGGUGCAUUUGGAACGGGCCUUCAACUCCAGCCUAAUGCUGGGCGAGGAGUUCAUGACUGCAGUGGUUGGGACACAUUUUGGGUCCACCCAUACGACAUUUGCAGUCUGCAGGUCGAUGCUGAUAGCCGCAAAUUUGUCUUCUUCGAAACAACAAGAUGGAGUGGCUCGUUUGCUGGUUAAAACAGAUCUGCUGAAGUUGCAGCAAAGCUCCCAAAAAGGAAACCUUGAAGCUUGUGAGAAAUUGGGGAAGAUGCUGGUGGAAGAGCGCAUGAAGAAGAAUGACUUGCUGAAAUCUGAAACUGUGAAAGUGCUGGGCAGAUUCUUCAUUCGCUGUGCCUUGUACCUGACCCAAAAAGAAGGAAAGGGUCGGGAGAGCCGAACCUUUGGCUCUUUGAGCAGCAUCCAUGCCCAGUACAUGCUGGAAAACACUCCAGGAGACAGCAACAGCUCAAAUGGAGCUGGAACGACAGGAAAGCAAACAGUUGAGAAAGUGCUGUCCUUGCAGGAGGCAAAUGAUGCUGCAUGUAUUGCUGGUCUGAAGUACAACUGGUUGAAACCUGGGCAGUACUACUCGAAGAGAGACAGCAAGGAUGUCUUUCGGUUUGCUGGCCUCACAGCUGAGAAUGCAGAGUUCAUUGUUCGAGACAUGUAUGGCAAAGAGCAAGCAGUGCUGGUGCAGCAUGCUGAUUUGUUUCGCUUCAGAGCCACUGACAAGAAGCCUGCUAGCAUGCUGGACGAGGAGUUGGUGUCGAAACUGCAGCCUGAGAAGUGCUUGCAAUGGCAGCUGGAGUUGGAGAAAGCUCAAGUUCAAGCUUGCUUGCUGGAGAACAGCAUGGUGGAUUUCUCGAAGCUGGUGCUGACCAAUGAAUGCAAGAUUUUUGCUGGUGCCAAGAUUUUGAAAGGAAGCAUCCAGAUCUACCCAUUUGGCAUGGUUUCCUUGCUGAAAGAUGAUGAUGGUAAGAAGAACCUUGCUGGGUCCAAGGUGGUGGUGACCUACAAGAAGGGGAGAAAAUACCAAGUGCAGGCAUCCAAGUUUGAGCUGGCCAAAGCAAGUGGCGCCAUUCCACUGUUUUUUUGGGUGACUCCAGUGGAAACUCCAGAGGAAGCCAGCAUGGAGUUGUGUCACACCAACCACAACAUGCUGGAGAUCCCAUGCUUCAAGCCAAAGAAGCAGCUGGCAAGUGGGCAGCAGUUCACUUACUUCAAAGUGCAGGCUGACAAAGGCAGUGCUGGCCCAAAAGCAAAGAAAGCCAAGACCAGCUGA